AUGAUGGGCAUGCAGCCGCAGGUCGUGCUGCUGCGCGAAGGAGCGGACACGUCGCAGGGGAAACCUCAGCUGGUCUCCAACAUAAAUGCUGUCGCUGCUGUCGCCGACAUUGUCCGAACAACUCUCGGUCCUCGAGGAAUGGACAAGCUCAUCCACACUGACAACAAAGUUGUUGUUUCCAACGAUGGUGCAACCAUUGUGAAGACACUCGAUAUCAUCCAUCCAGCUGCCCAGACUAUGGUUGACAUCGCAAAGUCUCAGGACAAUGAGGCUGGAGAUGGAACCACCAGUGUCGUUGUGUUGGCGAACGAGUUCUUGAAGGAGGCAAAGCAGUAUGUGGAGGAGGGAGUACACCCUCAGAUCAUCAUCAAGAGCUACAGAGAAGCGUCCAGACUGGCGAUCGAGAAGCUCAAGGAGUGGUCCAUUGACAUUUCUCGUCAAGAUGAGAAAGAGAAGAGGGAUCUCUUGAUCCGAUGUGCAGCCACGAGCCUCAACUCCAAACUGAUCAGUCACCAGAAGGACUUCUUUGCUCCGAUCGUGGUUGAUGCGGUGCUUUCUCUGGAUGAAGAUCUUCCGCUCGACAUGAUUGGUAUCAAGAAGGUUCCUGGAGGAACCCUCGAGGAUUCCUUCCUUGUCAAGGGUGUCGCGUUCAAGAAGACAUUCUCAUACGCAGGAUUCGAGCAGCAGCCCAAGAUAUUUGACCACCCCAAAGUCUGCAUGCUGAAUGUCGAGCUAGAGCUCAAGUCUGAGAAGGAGAACGCGGAGAUUCGUCUGACUGAUCCCGAGCAGUAUCAAUCUAUCGUGGAUGCAGAGUGGAAUAUCAUUUAUGAGAAGCUGGACAAGAUUGUCAAGAGUGGAGCCAAGGUUGUCCUCUCCCGUCUUGCCAUCGGGGAUCUCGCGACGCAGUACUUCGCAGACAGGAACAUCUUCUGUGCUGGAAGGGUGCCGGACGAGGACAUGCGCAGAGUCGUCAAGGCCUGCGGUGGUGCAGUCCAGACGUCCAUUCACAAUCUGAGCCCAGAUGUCAUUGGAAGCUGUGGGAAGUUCGAGGAGGUCCAGAUCGGAGAUGAGAGGUACAACAUCUUCUCCGACUGUCCUGAGGGGAAGACGACUACAAUCGUUCUCCGCGGUGGUGCGGAGCAAUUUAUCGCGGAGACAGAGAGAUCUAUCCACGACUCGGUUAUGAUCGUGAGGAGAGCACUGAAGAACUCCAAGAUUGUUCCGGGAGGAGGAGCGAUCGAGAUGGAGCUCUCCAAGUUCUUGAGGAUGCAUGCGAGGCAGAUCUACGGCAAGGCACAGCUAGUCAUCAACAGCUACGCCAAGGCCUUCGAGGUCAUCCCCCGGCAGCUCUCCGACAACGCAGGCUUCGACUCGACCGACAUCCUCAACCGUCUCCGUCAGAAGCACGUAGCGGCAGGGGAACAAGGCCGUUGGUUUGGGGUGGACGUGGACAACGACGGCAUCUGCGACUGCUACGAGAAGUUUGUGUGGGAGCCCCUCCAGGUCAAGUUGUCUGCCAUCGGAGCCGCCACAGAGGCAGCGUGUCUCAUCCUCAGCGUGGACGAGACCAUCAAGAAUCCCCAAGCAGAGGAGCAGGGAGGAGGAGGAAGAGGUGGCGGCGGAAGGAGGAUGCGAGGAAGGGGACGACCGAUGCCCCGUAGACGGUAAAUCCAUGAGGUUUGAACUGUAGCAGCUAGGUGUAUGACGUGCAGUACACUAUGCUUGCAAGGC